CGGCGCUCUGAAGCAGAAUGUUUUCCUCUGAAUGGAUCUGGUGCAUCUUACUGACGCUAUACGGGUCGACCUGGAGUUUGACCUUUUCUGAUUAUGACACCAAUACAAUCAUUUGCUCGCAGGGUCUUUCUGACUGCACCAUAGAAAAUGUUCUUUUUAGUGCAAACAGCACUGUUGAAGUUCAGAUGCUUCAGACAGGUUUUAAGCUCUGCUGCAAGGAGGACACGGCAUGCACACUGUGUCUGGUGAUUCAGAUAGAGCUCUACAUCCCUCUGGAGAAGGAUUUGGGUGAUGAAGAUCAAUCGGGUGGUGAUGAGGAUGACAAGGAGACAAUUAAUGAAAAGUCUGCUUCUGUGACUGUGUGCUACAAAGCACCCGUGGGUUUAGCCACAUGCAAGAAGGUGGAGUUUACAGUCAAUCAUGCUGUUCUUGCUCAACAAAAGCAAACCAAGGCGUCCAUGGUGAUCACGCAGUCUGAUGGCAUUACCUUCGGUGAUCAAAUAUUUGUUUUAACCAACCCAGAGCAAAAACUCAUUGCACCUUCUUUAGAUGAAGUGUGCUCCCAGGAACUGCGAAAACAUCUACCAGAAUGUCAAGUGCCCAAAAUCAAGGUUUUUCUAAAUAAAAAGACAAAUCAGAUGGAGCUUCAGUUUGGGGGCAGCGAUAGGAGCCGUCCCUCUUUGUGUGUCCAGUAUGAGGACAAAGGAAGCUGUCGGAAAUUGAACCAGACGUCCAUCCCACUGUAUUCUGUGGCCCCCUGCAUUUGUCUCAAGGCAUGGUACGAGACAGGUCAAACAUCAAGGCGUGCUCUGAAGUGUCCUUUCAAGGGCAAAGAAUUUCCACAUUAUUUACAACCCAACAUGUGGAGGAAUGUGUCAGUGAAUGUAAGCCAGAGCAAAAUGAGUGAUGGGAACUCAAUGCUGUUAUGGAGCCUGUCUGCUCCCUGCAGGCUAGAGGGGAUGGUGCAGCUCUGCUAUAAGAGUAACUGUAAAGAAAUCACUGCCAUGCAGCAGCUGUCCGAGGGUAAAUGGAAACAGAACAGCAAGGGACUUUGGGAAAGAGAAGGUGCCUUUGAAAACAUCAAUGAGCAGUCUUCACAGUGUGUCAUGGUGAAGAUAAAUGAAAUGAAAUUCGGCCCGUUUUGCUCCAGUGACUCUGGCAGAUGGCGCUGGAGUCUCCUGGUUGUUGGUGUAAUGCUGCUUGUUUGUUUGACUGUGCUCAUGAUUUAUUGCCUCCAUGACUUUGUCAAGAGAUGGGCAUGGAGCUGGCGUCAUGGAGGAUUUGUGAAGAUUGGCAGGAAGGGUCACGUGGUGCUGCUGAGCCCCCCAGAUGAGGAUGUUGGUGUUUCAGAGUCCAUUGAUCAGCUGGGGUCUCUCCUCUGCAGCCAGGGCUUCAGUGUGUCUGUGGACCAGUGGAGCAGGAAGGAGCAGUGCUCUCAGGGACCUCUUUUGUGGCUGUACUCACAGCUGCAGAGGAUGGACAGCAUGGGUGGUCGAGUUGUGCUUGUUUUGACCCCGAAAACCUCAGAAAGAACAGAGGAGUGGACCCACUUAAACAGAAAUGGAGAAGUGGAGAAACUCCAGCAAAUGAAGUCUCCUUAUUCAGACUUAUUUACUGCAUCGCUGUUUCUUAUUCACACGCACAGGAAGCUGGGCAGAGCGGCUGAGCGCUUUGUUCUGGUGAACUUUGACACCAGCCAAAAAAACAGCGGUCACAAGAGUUUACCAGAGCUGCUUCGAGGUCUGCCUCUUUUCCACCUCCCCUCUCAGACUCAGACGCUCCUCGCUGAGCUAACUGUUGUAGAAACAAAGAUGGACCCCAGCAGAAGGACACGGAUGGGGUGGAGGUGAAACCCUAAAACUGAUGGAGGAAAUGGACUAUAUCUAACAUCAUUGUGUAAAUAUGUUGCGAGUGUCCCAAAGAAUACUGUGGCAGCGUGAAGUAUUUGCUGAAUGUGAACUGAAUAUAAUGAAGAUGAGACACUUUAACUCCCGUUAUUUUAAAAUAAAAAAUAUAUUUUGUGAUAAAAAGAAAAGUGUUUAAGCAGCUGGGCUGUGCAGCUUUCUGAAAACCCACGCACAUAUGCACAAAUAAGGCCGCAUUAAAGUAUACAAAACGUCAUUUAAAAUGAACCUGUAGCUAAAAUAUUUAUUUUACAGAAGGAAAUGUUAAUCUGGA